UCAUUGCCCUGGACAGCGCCAACGUAAUAAGUUAAUCGCAUUCUUGAUUACUAGUUCCCUAGCGCUCCCGUAUCUGCAACUGUCCUCAUCUGGGUCGCUAGCGAAGGGGUUCCCUUUCCUGUCUACCCCGCAUCUCCCGCAAGAUGGUUAAGCUUCGCCCUUCAUGUGUAUCGUCACGAUACACUCGUGCAACGCUAGCAGGGAGAUCCUUGCGCGGGUUACCGCAUCGGGCGCACGUCAGAGCCGCGGUAGGCGGAGGCCCUGCACCGCUCACGGACCAGUCAGCAGAGGCAGCCAAGCUAACACAAUCGAUCGUGGAAGCAGAAAGCAGGCUUGCAGUUUUGUUCGAGCCAGGAAAACCCAUGCCUCGGGCGGGAGUGGUGGCAGCUAUGCGGCAGGAGGUUUCGGAGCUCAAAGCCCAGCUUGCAGCCCUCGUGAGCGGGGGCGCGGGCGCUGAAGCUGUCAUGGACUCGGCGCUAGCCACGGAUGACGAGCUGGCUGAGCGGGCGCGGCAAGCCUUCCUCGAGGUGGAGCGGCUGCUGGGUCAAAAGAACGGGAGCGCCAGGUCACGUCAGGAUGAGGCCGCUAUCGCGCUGCUGGAGGCGGAGAACGAGCGAUUACGGAUCGAGGCGAUGGCGCUGCUGCUGCGGGAACAACAGCUUGAGGAGCUCGUGGCAGCGAAGCUUCCAAAGGCGGGAAACCCAACAUGG